AUGGAUAUAGAAAGGGCAAAGGAUACCAUGACCACGUCAUCCGUGGAUCCUGUGGAAAUAGAAGUUGCCACAGGAUUUUGUCAGCCUUUACGUCGCAGAUUCUGGAGAUUUUUAAGUGCCAAGCAGCUUUAUGAGUGUCUUCGUCCACUGUUUCAUAUUACCUAUAUCCAUGGUCUCACCUCGUUUUACCUGAGUUGUGAUAGCAAAACGGGAUGCAGAAGUAUCAAGAGAACUAUCUUUGGAUAUCUAAAUGGACUGAUGCACAUCGGAUUAUAUACUGUGUGCUAUAGCCUGACUAUCUACAACAAUUGCGAAUCGGUUGCUAGUUAUUUCUUUCGUUCACGGAUUACCUACUUCGGGGAUAUGAUGCAGAUUGUGAGUGGUUUCAUUGGUGUCACUGUCAUCUAUCUGACGGCUAUUAUACCAAAUCAUCGGUUGGAGCGAUGCCUUCAGAAAUUCCACACCAUGGAUGUCCAGCUGCAAACGAUGGGAAUUAAGAUUAUGUACAGCAAGGUGCUACGGUUUAGCUAUAUGAUUCUGAUCUCUAUGUUUGUGGUUAACUUUCUGUUCACCUGUGGCACCUUCUCCGUGCUGUAUUCCUCGCUGGUUAGACCCACCAUUGCCCUGCAUUUUACCUUCCUCAUCCAGCACACGGUUAUAGCCAUGUCCAUAACGGUCUUUACCUGCUUCACCUACCUGGUGGAAAUGCGACUGGUGAUGGUCAAUAAGGUAUUGAAAAACCUUGCGCAUCAAUGGGACUCACGGUCCAUAAAGGCAGUUACCCAAAAGCAACGAUCACUCCAGUGUCUGGACUCCUUUUCUAUGUACACCAUUGUAACCAAGGAUCCUGCUGAGAUUAUUCAAGAAUCCAUGGAGAUACAUCAUUUGAUUUGCGAAGCAGCUGCAACGGCCAACAAAUAUUUCACCUAUCAACUAUUGACCAUUAUAUCCAUAGCUUUUCUCAUCAUCGUUUUCGAUGCUUACUAUGUCCUGGAAACUUUGCUGGGCAAAUCGAAGCGUGAAAGUAAAUUCAAGACAGUGGAAUUUGUAACGUUCUUCUCUUGCCAAAUGAUCUUGUACCUGAUUGCCAUAGUUUCAAUUGUCGAGGGCAGUAAUCGAGCCAUAAAGAAAAGUGAGAAAACUGGUGGCAUAGUGCACUCACUUUUAAAUAAAACCAAAAGUGCAGAGGUCAAGGAAAAGCUACAGCAAUUUUCCAUGCAAUUAAUGCAUUUGAAAAUUAACUUUACAGCUGCGGGACUAUUUAAUAUUGAUCGCACAUUGUAUUUUACGAUCAGUGGUGCCUUGACCACCUAUCUCAUCAUCUUGCUGCAGUUCACAUCCAAUUCCCCAAACAAUGGCUAUGGGAAUAGUUCCUCCUGCUGCGACACCUACAAUAAUAUGACGAAUCAUACACUAUAG